AUGAUGAAGCAGAUUCAUUCUAAUUAUUCAUUACCAUUUGAUAACUUGAGGCGCUUUUGGCUGUUUGGUUUUCUUCUGUUAUUGUGCAGGUGCUGUGAAGGGAUUGUGAAACUGCCAGAGAACAUGACAAUCCCCGCAGUCUUCGCCUUUGGAGACUCCAUUGUUGAUCAGGGCAACAACAAUAAGCUCAAGACGGCGAUUUAUUGCAAUUUUGUUCCAUACGGUAAGGAUUUCCAGGGUGGCAUUCCCACUGGCAGGUUCAGCAAUGGCAAGACCCCCCCUGAUAUAAUUGCUGAAGAAUUGGGAAUUAAAGACCUGAUUCAAGCUUACCAGGAUCCAAAUUUGACAGUGCAUGAUCUUCCAACUGGUGUCAGCUUUGCUUCCGGUGGCUGUGGAUACGACCCUCAGACAUCCAACCUAAUGUCUGUGACGCCAUUAUCAAGCCAAGUGGAGCAAUUCAAAGAGUACAUUGGCAAGCUGAAAGCAGCAGUCGGAGAGGAUACCACCAACCAAAUUCUCCGCAACGCUAUGCACUUGGUGGUUGCCGGCAGCGAUGAUCUCGCCAACACUUACUUCACCAUUGGAAUCCGGCGUCUCCAGUAUGAUGUUAAUUCCUAUGCUGAUUUCCUCGUUGACUCUGCUUCCAUUUUCAUACAGGAUCUGUACAAGCUUGGUGCAAGAAGAAUCGCUGUUUUUUCCAUCCCCCCAAUCGGAUGUGUGCCAUUUCAGAGAACCCUCGCAGGAGGCUCCACAAGAAGGUGUGCAGACAGUUACAACCAGGCAGCUCAACUUGUCAACGGCAAGAUGAAACCUCAGCUCGACUUACUUACCCAAAGCCUAGCAGAGUCCAGGGUAGUCUACAUUGAUGUUUACAAACCUUUUCUUGAUCUCAUUCAGCACCCCAGCAAUUAUGGGUUUGAAGUGAACGACAAAGGCUGCUGUGGCACUGGGAAUAUAGAAGUGACCAUGCUCUGCAACAAAUACAGUAGAAUAUGUGGAAAUGUCUCCGAGUAUAUAUUCUGGGAUAGUUACCAUCCUACAGAGAGAGCAUACAGGGUUCUUGUUAAGGAUGUUAUAAUUAAUUAUAUCGAAAGUUUCGUGUAAUGAUUGUGAACAACUGAUGGGGAUCAACUGUAUACUGCCUCGUUGAAUGAUUGAAACUGUGAA